AGGCGGCACAGACCAGACUUAGUUGAAGAAAUAGCACUAGACUACUAGACUCUGCGCAAGAUCAGUCUGCUCUGCUGCCAAAGAAGCGAGAUGGCCCGGCUCUCUUUCGUCCCCAUCUCCCUGCUGCUGCUAGCUAGCCUCGCCGCCGGCGCCGGCGCCGCAGCAGCCGCGGAUCCAGGGGAAGGGGGCCCCAGGGUCAGCGUGCAGUACGCGAGCGAGGAGGAGUCCCGGUGGCUGGACCGCUGGACGGAGAAGCAUCUGGCCCAACAAGGGUCCGGCCAAGCCAUCGAGAUUCAGCCGGGCACCGACGAGGAGUCGGCGCAACUGAGCCGCAUGUUCCCCGGCAACGCCUACAUCGGCCACAUUGAGUAUGACAAGGACCAUCCCUUUGGCAGAAUCGUCGUGGAUGCCUUCCACUCCAAAGCUCGCCAGGCGAAGCCGAACGAUGAUCUGCAGAAGCAGGGCCAGGAGGAGUCUCGCUCUCACGCCGAGCACGACGUCAAGGAUCUUUAGGAGCCGGCGAGGCCAUAUCCAUGACGACCUUGUCGAUGGACGGAAUAACGGAGGAUGACUGUGAGGAGUUCGAGUUCUUGUCGUGCAUCAUUAGCCAGUUUUAGUAGCUCGUUAGGGAGUCGCAGCCAGUACUAUGGGGAUUGUCCUCAGAGAGAUUAGUCGAGUCAUUGUCUACUGUCUAGUAGUAGUAGUAAUUCUGGUUUAUUCUGCCGUGUGUGGUGCUCUCCAUUUGCAAUUUGUCGUUGCUUAGCGAAAAUCCAUUUGGUUAGAAA